CAGCUACUACUCGAGCUGACUGAUCUACUCUCCAAGGACCGCACUCCGCUCUCCACCAACCUGAUCCCACCCAACCGGCCCGUAAGUGUGUUGGAGCCGCCCACUCAGCGAGCACUCACUCACUUCAGCAUGAUCACCCACGGCUUCGGCGUGCCCACAAUGCUGUCUUCAUUGAAUACUCUGCUGGCCGUGGUGGCCGAUUGUCUAAAGAGCUUGGAGAAGGAGACUUCAGCUGGACAGACGAACCUCGACAACCACAUGGCACAACUACAUGCACAGCCUUACACUCAGGGGCAUGUGCACACUCACUCCCAUUCACACACCUCUCCGCUGCAUCCACAACAUCUGAUGCCGAGUAAUGGCGGCGGUAUCGCUGCUACUGGGGGCAACGGCGUAGUCACCCUCCAGACGGACAGCCUUUCGGCCGCAGGAAACCCAGGCAACGAGGCCCGUCUUCAGGUGACUGGGCAGCAUAAUGGAGCCGGUGUAACGUCCGGACUGGUUGCUGGGAUCAGCUCAGUCUCAAGGCGCCCGGGAGUCUGGAGAACGAGUCACUGGGGCCAAGAGACGACUUAA